AUGGCGGCCCACAGCGCCCAGGCGCCGUGGUUGCCAAAGUCGCCACCGCCCUUGACACCACCACAUACACGACUUGCCAGGCAAGAAGCGCCCUUGCUAGGAAUGGCAGCCGGUCUCGACGCCGGCGAUAGCCAGAGUCAUCCAUGUCAGGUGCGCAAAACGGGCAACAACACCACCAAGACGGGCAAGAGCCAAGCCCUAGUGGCAAAGAGCAAGAACUCGACGACCGUCCGCAAAAUCGUUCUCUCACAUCACUAUCACCAUCACCACGCUUCGCGGAAGCAGGCCGCCUACGAGGGCUCUGACGCCUCGACGCCUACACGCACCCGCUCUACCUCCUCCUCUAACUUUACUCCCCUCUCCACCUUCCCCUCGGCGACGUCGCGUGCCUUUGCAGUCGACGGCCAGACUAAUCUUAAUCACGUCGGUCCUACGGGUAACACUACCGAUACCCACUGUGAUAGCACAAUUGGCCGGGCAGAGCACGUGCAUGUGAUCAACAACGCCGAUAAGCACAGCCAGCACGCUUACGACGACAACAACGGCGACGACGACGGCAACGGCAGCGGCUCAACAGCCGACCAUGUGCCCUUUGCCCAGCUACAGCCCAUCCAUCUCUAUCCAUCAUCUCAACAGCAACACGAGGACCGGCACCGACAGGACUCGGCCUUCUUGUCCACCCCAGCACCGCAGCCUCAUUCGCUGCUAGCCUCGCCUCCGCAGUUGUGUCUGCGUAGCCGAUCUGGGCGGAGCGGAAACGGAAGGACCGCAAAGACCGGCGUCUCCAGUCGCAGCGACAGCCACAAAGAUAGCCACGGUCAGCGACCGUCGUUGGAGGGACGUGGAGGUAGUGUCGACGGCAACCACAGAGACGAGACAGCAAACGCUGUCGUCCGCAGCGCAGACACCAACGCAGACACCAACGCAGACAACAACGCGGACAACGACGACGACUCCGAGAGCCUAAACUCGCAUGCGCUCGCCUGGGACCAGACGUGCCUCCGAAUUGCCUAUCUUGUCAGCACCAUGGUCACGCCCUCGGCGAAUGCAUCGGUCGGCGGUGGUCCUGUCGACCAGGACACACAGCUACCCACACCCUUGGCCAUGGCCCAUGACGGCAGAAGCCCUGGCGUGAAUGGUGCAAAUGGCGUCACCAGCGUCACCAGCGUCAAUGGCGACACGGCAUCUCUCGGCAUGGGCUCGGCCGAGUGGGAGCUGCUUCCAGAGGUGCUCGACCACUUUGUCGAUUUGUGCAUACGGGGAUGGACCGGCACGGAGCCCGACAAGAAGCGCCGUAAGAUCGCCCAGAUGCUGCACUGGCAGAGCGAGGUGUACACCUGCGGCAAGGCCGCCUACUGUGGCUGUGCCGACGGCAGCCCCGUGCCCAGCGACAGCCUCCUGACGGCGGCCCCUGAGCCGCCAUUGCCGCUGCAGCCAGUCUCGGCGCCCAGCUCCGCCCCAGCCUCCGUCACCACGUCGGCGGCUUCCGCAUCGGCACCGACAUCGGCAACCGACGAGACCGCUGCUUCCAUUGGCGAAUGCGCCGCCCUGUGCAGCCGAUGCUCGUUCCCUCUGACCCCGAAUCGACCGAUCGUCUGGGUGGCCGACCCCAAGGACGGCACCGACGAGGUCGUCUUCAAAAAGGCCCGCCGCACGCAAGAAGGGCCUGGUGACAGCAUCCGCAAGGCCAUCAAGAGCUUCCGCGGCCUUGUCUUUUCCAAGAAAAACAAGCGCAGCGUCUCAUCGCCCGCUGGCGCCCUCGCCACGACGACCAUGCUGGCCGCUCCGCGUGCCUCCUUCACGCCACCCCGGUCGUUGUCGCCCUCGAUCCUCGACAAGGCCACUCUGGCCCGCCGCGCGUGGUGCCAGUGGGAGGAGGUCAACUGCCAGCGCCUGUGUGACGAAAGCGACGAGAACCGUGCCCUCUUCUUCCCGCAGACGGCAAUGUACACUGUCCGCGAGGAGGAUGUCGAGGUGUCGGCACGGCCUGCGUCGGCCGAAGAGGGCAAUGUGGCGGCCGGCUCCUUAUCGCCCAGCACCACUCAGGCACGAGCACAGGCACGAGCACGAAUACAAGCACAAGCCCAGGAGCUGGGACGUCUUGUCGGUGGCAUGAAGUCUGCGGCCAUCCACGACAGCGAUGAAGACGACGAGGAAUACGACCCAGUGGGCGACAUCGACGAUGACGACGAUGACGACGACGACGACGACGAUGCCAAGAAUGUGUCUGCCGAGCAGCGUCGGCAGCGCAAGACCGAUGCCCGUCUCCGUCGCGCUGAGAGGCUUCUUAAAAAGACCAACGACGCCGCCGCGACCACAAUACAAGCCGCCUAG